AAGCUGCUAGUGAGCGUUAGACAUCGCGUAGUACAUGUGUAAUUGAUUGUUCCUCAAACCUCCGCAUGAAGUCAUAGGAGCGACAGCGUGACAGUCCUUUAACUUUUCAUUGAUUUAAGGAAUAAGGGACCGAUCUGACCAUGGGAGUUGCAAACUCGAGAGACUAUCAACCAACCAUAACAGUAGUGCUGAAAAGACGCAAUGAGCCCCUGAAGAAAGAUAAGCCCAAGUGGAAAAGUGACUAUCCUAUGACGGAGGGCCAGCUGCGCAGCAAAAGAGAUGAAUUCUGGGAUACGGCCCCAGCCUUUGACGGCCGUAAAGAGAUCUGGGAUGCACUCAAAGCUGCAGCUGUGGCGGUUGAAUGUAACGACCACCAACUAGCACAGGCUAUUGUAGAUGGAGCCAGCAUCACACUGCCUCAUGGCUCCCUCAUGGAGUGUUAUGAUGAACUGGGGAACCGCUAUCAGCUUCCUGCAUACUGCUUGUCUCCUCCUGUCAACCUGGUCUCUGAGUGCAACGAUCAUAAUGCGUCUGAACACGCUGAGCAACAGGAGAAAAAAGAGAAGGAGUUUCAGCUGAAGGUUCGUCUGUCCACUGGGAAAGACCUUCGCCUCAGUGUCACCAUGGCCGAUUCCAUCCGUCAGCUCAAGAAACAGCUUCAAAUUCAGGAAGACAUUGAUACCGCUCACCAGCGCUGGUUUUUCUCUGGAAAGCUACUUACAGAUAAAACCCGCUUACAGGACACCAAGAUCCAGAAGGACUUUGUAAUACAGGUGAUUGUUAGUCAACCUAUUGUUACCAGCUAAAAUGUGUGGACAAGGAUUCAAUGAACUUAAAAUGAACUGAUGUCCAAUGUGAAACGCAAACAUUUCUUCUUGGAACAUUAAUUUAUUUUUAAACCUGAGAGGAAUUAAAAGGUGAAAUGUACAUGGAAAUAUGUGGACAAGUCUUAUGUUGUUUGUUUUAACAAUAAUUGAAGUGUACAUUUAUAUUCUCAGGUUGUUGUUUACUACAAGUUUAACUAUCCAUAACUGUGUACAUUAGAUUGUUUGCCUUCUUGGUUUUAUUAUCCCUACAUGUGUUGUGUGGAUAUUAAUUUCCAUGCUCUGGUGUCAAUUGCCUUGGUCCAUUAUACAGUUUGCUGUUUAUUUACAGAGUGCAAGGAUCAUUUUUAGACAGCAUUAUGUUAUUGCAUAAUCAUAGAAUUUUAACUUGUUGAAUCGUGUGUGGUUUCAAAACAACAACAACAACAUUUAAACAUUAUGCAUUG